CUUUAUUCUUUAACAAAAAUCACAUUUCUUCCUUCUGCAAAUCUUUCAAUCUCUCUUCUUCUAUAAAUAAACGAUUCCGACUCCAAUCUUUCUCCCUCAACAUCACAAAUCUGAUUUCUCUGGGUUUCGAACUUAUGACCCUUUACGGUAGACUCAUCUCUCUCUAGCUUCCCCUCCUCUCUGUUCGUUUAGAAAAGUGCCAAUUCUUACCAUUUUUGCGUGUAAGCGGAGAUAGAAUCUUCGAGGGAUCUCAUAAAGGAUCUUCCUUUCUUCUUACCCAUCUCUCUCUCUAUAUUAAUGUUUGGGACUCUCGCUUCCGGAGAAAUCGAAACCGCCAGAUUGAGGCGUAAUUUGGGGGUUACACGCAAUUUAGGGUUUUCCUGCGGUGGUAUGAGAUUGGAAGGCGAGAACAUGGCGCCACACGAAGAAGGAGACGGAGGAGACGGAGAAGUGGUGGCCGAAACGUCGCCGUUUCAGAUUCAGCAGCAUCCGUUUCAGCAGAUUCAGAAGCUCGUUGUUGGGUAUGCUCUGACUUCUAAAAAGAAGAAGAGUUUCUUGCAGCCCAAGCUUGAACUCAUGGCUAGGAGAAAAGGCAUUUACUUUGUCGCCAUCGAUUUGAACCGUCCACUUUCUGAACAAGGACCAUUUGAUGUGGUUUUGCAUAAGUUACUGGGAAAAGAAUGGCAAGAGAUUAUCGAGGAUUACCAGCAGACACACCCGGAAGUGACUGUGCUUGAUCCUCCAAGUUCAAUCCAGCGUAUAUAUAAUCGUCAAUCGAUGCUUCAGGGCAUGGCAGAUUUGAAGCUCUCUGAUUGCAGCGGCAGCAUGUUAAUUCCAAAGCAAAUGGUUGUCUUGAAAGAUUCAGCAUCUAGUGCCGACAAAGUUGUGGAAGCUGGUCUUAAAUUUCCACUAGUUGCAAAGCCACUCUGGAUCGAUGGAACUGCAAAGUCACACCAGCUGUUCUUAGCUUAUGACAGACACUCGCUUGCAGAACUUGAUCCGCCUUUAGUCUUGCAAGAGUUUGUUAAUCAUGGUGGAGUAAUGUUCAAGGUUUUUGUGGUUGGUGAUAUCAUAAAAGUCGUGAGGCGGUUUUCUCUGCCAAAUAUAAGUAACUGCGACAAAGCCAAAGUAGAUGGCGCCUUCAAAUUCCCGAGGGUUUCAUCUUCUGCUGCUUCAGCGGAUAACGCAGACUUGGACCCUAGUGUUGCUGAGCUACCUCCAAAGUCUUUCCUCGAAGCCCUUGUGAAAGAGUUACGAACCUUAUUGGGACUUCGGCUUUUCAAUAUAGACAUGAUCAGAGAGCAUGGGAGCAAGAACGUGUUUUAUAUUUCUUCCACAACCUGGCAAAUGCCAAACAUAAGAAGAGACAUUGUAAAUGAAGAAAAAGCUGGGAGAAGGGAGGUAUCAGAAUCUGAUGUGGUGGUGGGUGGGGGGAUAAGAAUAAUUGACUAA